AUGAACCACUUAAUCAAAAUACUCUUCGCUUUCUUCUUCUUCUUCUUCUUCUUCUUCUUCUUCUCUCUAAAUCUUAUUUUCUUUUCUCUCUCCCCUUUCUCUUUUGCUUAUAUCUAUUGCUUCUUCCUUCACUCACUUUCACGUUCUCUCUAUCUAUCUAUCUAUCUAUCUAUCAAUCUAUCUUCUUUAAACACUUGCUUUCUCUCUUCCUCUUUCUCUCUUUCUCUCUUCCUCUCUCUCUCUCUCUCUCUCUCUCUGUUUCUCUUUGAUUUCCCUCUCUUCCUGGCACACUGCUCCUCACUCUGUACCUGUCGCUUUAUUUCUUCCUUGCUCUUUUUUCAUACUCUCUAUUUUACCUUUUUCUCAAACUCUUCCUUUCGCUCUUUUUUUUGCCUCUUUACCUCUAUAUUUGCUAUUUUCAUUGUCUUCAACUUUCCCGACUCAUUUCCAUCACCUCUCUCUCUCUCUUUUUCUUCUUAUGCAUCCCUUUUUCUUGAUCUCCCCAUUUUCCUUUAUGAUUUCCCUAGUAGAUUCAUUUUUACCAUUUCUUUUCUUCUUUUUAGUUUUCGUUAUAUCUAUCUAUCUAUCUAUCUAUCUAUCUAUCGCAGUCUCUUCAUUAUCUAUCUAUCUAUCUACCGAAGUACCUCCAUAUCUGUCUAUCUAUCUAUCGCAGUCUCUUCAUAUCUAUCUAUCAGUCUCUUCAUAUCUAUCUAUCUAUCGCAGUCUCUUCACUACCUACCUAUUUAUAUAUCUAUGUAUCUAUCGAAGUAUCUUCAUAUCUAUCUAUCUAUCUAUCUAUCUAUCGCAGUCUCUUCAUUAUCUAUCUAUCUAUCUCAGUCUCUUCAUUGUCUAUCUAUCUAUCUAUCUAUCUAUCGCAGUCUCUUCAUAUUUAUCUACCUAUCUAUCUCAUCCUCUUGCCUUGCUGACAAAGCUAACCUGGCUUAUAUUUAUUUAUAUCUAUCUAUCUAUCUAUUUAUCUACCUCAGUAUAUUUAUAUCUAUCUAUCUAUCUAUCUAUCUAUCUAUCUCAGUCCGUUCAUAUCUAUCUAUGUCAGUUUCAUCAUUAUCUAUCUAUCUAUCUCAGUAUAUUUAUAUUUAUCUAUCAAUCUCAGUAUAUUUAUAUCUAUCAAUCUAUCUCAGUAUAUUCAUAGCUAUCUAUCUAUCUAUCUAUCUAAGUCCAUUCAUAUCUAUGUCAGUCUCUUCAUUAUCUAUCUAUCUAUCUCAGUCCGUUCAUAUCUAUGUCAGUCUCUUCAUUAUCUAUCUAUCUAUCUAUCUCAGUCCGUUCAUAUCUAUCUAUGUCAGUCUCUUCAUUAUCUAUCUAUCUCAACCAGUUUAUAUUUAUCUAUCUCAGUCUGUACAUAUCUAA